GCCAUUUUGAGUGGCGCGGCGGCAGCGGCGGCCUUGGGGCAUGCGGCUCUAGACUCCGCGGAGAGCACGGGCACGGCGACACGUACAUGUUCUUAACCAUGUCUACGCAGCCGAAAAGGCAGCAACAGCAGCCGCCGAGUGCCAGGUCGGCCGUGCUCACCCCGCACGAGAAUGAGAUCAUCUUCAACAUGCUGGGCCGCAAGUGUCUGAGCAUGGCGACGGCGGUGGUGCAGGUCUUCUUUUCGGAGAAUGGGGUGUGGCAGAAGAGGCACUGCGGGGUGGCCUGCUUUGUCAAGGACAACCCCAGGAGGUCCUAUUUCAUCCGUGUGUAUGAAAUGAGGGACACAGGGCAUCUGUGCUACGAGCAGGAACUCUACAAUAAGUUUGAGUACAAGCUACCACGCCCUUUCUUCCACACCUUUCUUGGCGACAAAUGCCAGGUGGGGCUUAACUUCUGCAACGAGAAGGAGGCAAAGACCUUCCGUGAUGCCGUGGAGGAUAAGCUUCGACUCAGGCACCAGAAGAGCGAACGAAAACGUAAUGACCCAACGCCACCUAUUUCACGGCGUGACUCCACAGGCCCGAUGCUGCCUAACCUCAAGAUGCAGGCAAUGGACAUCAAGAACCCGGACAUCACCGUAAACCGCUACCCCAUCAACUCCUCCUCCUCCACCCCCACCAGCACCAGCACAAACUCGACAUUUAAUAUGAUCAUGGACAGGACCAAGAAGGGCAAGGGAAAGAAGAAAAAACUGACCAAGGCGGACAUUGGCGCGCCCAGCAACUUCCAGCAUGUUGGUCAUAUUGGAUGGGAUCCCAACACUGGGUUUGAUCUGAACAACUUGGACCCAGAGCUGAAGAGUCUGUUUGACAUGGCGGGCAUCACGGAGUCGCAGCUCAAGGACAAGGAGACCUCCAAGACCAUCUACGACUUCAUUGAGAACUUCGGAGGCGUGGAGGCUGUCAAGAGUGAGAUGCGACGCCAGGCUCCCCCUCCACCCCCUCCCCCGAGCCGCGGCAAUUUCCCUCAGACGCCGUCCUCGGCUCCCCCCCCUCCUCCGGUGCGCGGGCGGAGCGCCCCACCCCCUCCACCCCCCAGCCGAGGACCUGCCCACCCGGCGGGGCCCGCACCGCCGCCCCAGCUGCCUUUCCGAGGGACCUCCGGACCCCACCCACCGCCAAUGCCCACCAUGCCCCCCAUGUCUGCAAUGGGACGGCAGCCGCCACCGCCCGUGCCGCCUCCUUCCAUCCCGGAGGGGCCGCCCCCUCCCCCACCCCUGGUUUCUCACGCGCCCCCCCCGCCUCCUCCGCCGCCCCCGCAGUCCCACGGUUACAGCAGCAACAGCUACGGCGGCGGCAGCGGCGGCGGAAUCCCGCAAUGCGGCCCUCCGCCACCUCCGCCGCCUCCGCCGCCGCCCCCACCCCCCGGUCCACCGCCUCCACCGAGCCCCAUGGUGCCGCCGCCGCCACCGCUCUCUCUAGGACCUGGCUCCGGCCCUGGCCCCGUCUCCGGCUCGCGGGGGGCCCUGCUGGACCAGAUCCGAGGGGGCGCACAGCUGCGCAAGGUGGACGAGGCGGCGGCGGCGGGAGGUGGGGCGGCGGCGAGGCCGGUAUCCACGUCGGGACGUGACGCGCUGCUCGACCAGAUCCGCCAGGGCAUCGCGCUCAAGACGGUGAGUGAUGGAGCUGCCUCAUCAACCCCAACAGUGGGGAUCGUAGGAGCUCUUAUGGAGGCCAUGCAGAAGAGGAGCAAAGCCAUCCACUCCUCCGACGAGGAUGAUGAUGACGACGACGACGAUGAUUUUGAUGAGGAGGACGAGUGGGAAGAUUGAGCUGGCGAGGCUGCUACCUUCCCAUGUCUCUCCGGACCCCUCCACCUCGCCACGUUCCAGGAUAUUGUGCAAUAUUAUCCGUGCCCCUCUCACCUUCAAACCAGCCUUCGUCUCUCACCGGCUCACCCUUUCUUUUCCCUCACGCCUCCACGUGUGACACCAGCAUGGGCAUCGUGAGUGUGCCACCAUUGGCGCGAGCACUACGGCCUGUAGACCUGCAUCAGAAACUUGCCCACUGCAGACCCCCUAAUCCGAGAGAGAGAGAGAAAAAUAUCGAUCAACGUUUUUACAAAGUUAAGCGUUUUAGCGCAACGUGUGGUUUAGCCUUCAGCUGCGCACACUACAUGAGCAUUGUGUUUUCUUUUGAAGUGUUUAAAACUGUUUUUCGUUGAGGGGUUCUUUAUCAAAAGAUGCUUAUUCAGGUAAAUGCUGACCAUCAAUUGGGUAAAAAGAAACUCCCACUCUUGCACAAAAACUAGGACAUUGUCACCUCGAUCUGCUGUGCGUCGGAGGAAUUUGCCGGGUGCUUCAUGAAAAUCUUUCAUGCUCGUCGUUCACGGUAGCGAAAGACAAAGUAAUGUUAACCAACACACAUCUGUUGUCGCAUUAUCCAGGCAGAUAUUACUUACAUACGUGUCUGUUACCUGCUCUUUCAACUUGUUCUUUUCAUUGCAUUUCUCUCCAUGUUGAUUUGUUUGGCUCUGUUUUUACCAAAAGGUUGUACAGCAUGGCAAUGCUGGCUCCAUCUCUUACCGCAGUGCUACCGUGUCAUUCACUCAGGGCAUCUCUAUUAACCAUGCAAUUCUCUGCACAAAUAUACACACGUGGACGGUAUAUUUGUUUGUGGCAGUUGUUCAUUCAUACCGUUCUACUACAGUAUUUAGAUAGAAAUGUUCCGAGUCUUGAGGUGCCCAGAUAUGGUGGAGUCGGGUGUUGUGUUGGUCCCACUGCACGUUGCUCAUUAUUGCAGCCAACACUACACGCGCUCUAUUCAAUAUAUCUCACCACUGACGUUUUCAUCACCAAUAACUUCAUAAAAAUCUACGACUAAUCAAUCUAUAGUUUCUAUCCCUCAAUCAUGAACAUAUAAUUAUUAUGACAGCGUGAGUGGUGAAAAAAAUUGUUACCUGCAUUAUAGACCUUUAACAAUCCACCAGGAAAUGAAGGCCUCAUAGGGGGUUGUUUGACACAUACUUCAUGCUAAAUGGUGCCGGUUGGUGAAGAGAGGAUGGCAGUUUACCAUUUGAUAAUAGCCACGGUUGAAGUUCAUUGGUUUGGCAAAGGGCUGAUGAAUUAGCCGAUUUAAUCAUUGAUCGAUAGGUGCUGGUCAUCCACAAAACUGAAUAACUCAUUGGAAAAAGUAAUUUCCACUCGCCUUAAAACUAAGCAGUUGGUAAAAUCAACAAACUGAUGUGUAAUAGUGGCAGCCUUCCCCAACAUGAGAGUAUUCUGCAUGCUGCACCCCUCACCACCUCCCCAGAAUGGACACUCACAAUGUUAACUAUGAAAUACAGUGGGGAAACAAAACUAUUUGGAUAAAAAAUAAAACUGAUUGACAUAUUGAAUGAAAUAUACUUUGGUGAGUUAGGAAUAGCAUUGGUUAAUAUUUUUUGUUUCAAUUGCAUCACUAUCUAAAAGUUUUUCCAUUGUCGAGUCACGCGUGAUGUAGAACGUUGUUCAUAUGCAACGGUAACACAGAAAAGAUGACCUCGGAGCGGUCAGGAGAUUCGUGAUAAAAAUGUGUUAUAUUGUAGCCAUUAACAGGUGAUGGGUAAUUGACAUAAACUUUUGAGAGUUUAUUUUUGACACUGGUCUGCAUGUAAUAUUUAAAAUUAAAUCAAACCCAUGCCCAGAGAUAUGACUAAUGCUUCUGUACCAGAAU